AUGUCCGACCACGACGAGGAUCAUCAAUUUGAGGGAGCCGCCGAUUCGGGAGCUGCUGCCACUUUCCCCAAGCAAUGCUCGGCACUGCGCAAGGGUGAGCACGUGAUGAUCAAGGGGCGUCCAUGCAAGAUCGUCGAGAUGUCAACUUCGAAGACUGGAAAACACGGGCACGCCAAGGUUCAUAUGGUCGCUCUCGACAUCUUCACCGGCAAGAAAUACGAGGAUAUCUGCCCAUCCACUCACAACAUGGAUGUCCCAAUAGUCAAGAAGCGCGAGUUCAUGUUGAUGGAUAUUAACGCCGAUGGAUUCCUCAGCUUGAUGGAUCCUGAAUCUUGCGACACAAAGGACGACUUGAAACUGCCAGAAGACGCUACACUUUCAACUCCAAUCAAGGAAGCUUUUGAGAAGGACGAAACCGGAAUUAUGGUGACCGUUUUCGCUGCUUGUGGUGAGGAAGCUGUGAUGGGUUUCAAGAACAUGCCCAAGGACCAA